AGUGGUGCUACCAGUCCACCAUAGAACGCCGCGCGCGCCGCCUGUACCGUACCACCAAUACACCACGUGCCACCACUAACCUGUGCGUUGUGAACGCGAAUUAACCUAGCUUUUCUUCGCGCGAAAACUGGCAUACUUGCUCAAUACAGACUUUGUUAUAUUAUAAAAUCAGUGUUUAGUGUCACAUAUUGAGGAGCUACAGUGGAUGCAUUUUUCUCGCCAGUGAAUGUAAAUAGUGGCGGAGGCGUCGCUUUUCAGAAUGGCACCCGCGCAACAGCAUAUGGCGAUGUGCAACGAAGAAAUGAAGCAGUCAGAACCAAAGAUAUACAAAACGAAUAAUGUGAAAGACUUUGAGAACAAUAAUACGAUGUUAGAAAACAGUGCCAGUGACAAAGUGACAAGUGAUUCAGACUUCGAUAUAAAAAAAUAUGAAGCGAUGAAAUUCAACGCACAAAUUAGAUGGCCAGACCUUAUAGUUCAAAUACUUUUGCAUUUAGUUUCAAUUUAUGGACUUUACCUGAUUAUAAGCAAUCAAGUUAAGUUACUCACAAUAUUGUUUGUGAUAGGCACAAUAUACACGUCUGGGUUCGGCAUCACGGCCGGCGUGCACAGGUUGUGGUCACACCGGGCGUACAGAGCGAAGCUACCUCUACGGGUACUACUCGCUUUGCUCUUCACUGUAACUGGACAGCGUGACAUAUACACCUGGGCUCUCGACCACCGAGUGCACCACAAGUACACGGAGACGGUGGCGGACCCUCACGACAUCAGGCGAGGGUUCUGGUUCGCGCACGUCGGCUGGCUGGUGCUGACCCCCCACCCGGCCGUGGUGGACCGUCGCAUCGCGCUGCAGGCUUCCUGCGCUGACCUACGUGCAGACCCUGUUGUCAGGCUACAGAAAAUUUUCUUCAUCCCAAUGUUCGGGCUACUGAACAUCGCGUUGCCAGUUUGGGUGCCGUGGUACUUCUGGCAGGAGACCUUGGUCAACAGCUUCGUGAUCAGCUUCGUGACGAGAUUCACUAUAACGCUCAACAUCGCUUUCUGCGUCAAUAGCUUCGCUCACCUCUGGGGCAACAAGCCUUAUGACAGGUUUGUGAAAUCUGUGGAGAACAGUCUGGUCAGCUUGGCGGCGCUAGGAGAAGGCUGGCACAACUACCACCACGUCUUCCCCUGGGACUACAGGACUUCGGAAUUGGGAAGAAUCAAUAUUUCCACCAAUUUCAUUGAUUUCUUCGCCAAAGUUGGUUGGGCUUAUGAUUUAAAAGCCGCCACAAACGCUAUGGUAGCGAGUAGGGCGAGGCGUUGCGGGGACGGCACCUUCCACGAAACUGAGGAGCCUUGCCCGAAGUCGGAACACGACCGCAAGGAGUGAACAAACCUUCUAAAACCUUCCAAAUUAGAGAAUUUACGAAUAAUUUAAACUGUUGUAAUUAUGUUUUAUUGUUGAAGAAUUCCAUUUGUUGAUUUUUUUGUAUAUUUAUUAUAUUUUUCUAUAAUUACUUACUAUUCUAAUAUAGGUUUCUUUUAGGUUUACUA